AGAUAUUUUUGCUAUCACAGUCAUCUGGUCGUCUUCCAUGCAACGAGGCUGCACUAGUCACCUUCGACCCUAGUCUGGAAACGGUGAAUUUGACGACUUGACCGAUCAACGGAGGCGUUCCGAUGGCUUGUUCAUCGGUGUCUCCCGGGGGACCCUUGAUGUCUUCAGAUAAUAAGAGGCGGUUGGACCUGCUGCUGCAUCCCAAAGUCAAACCUUUCGGUUCUCCUUCCAGCAUGCCUCACACCCUCCACCCCACUGGGAACAAUGAAUACACCAUUCGCACUCUCGACGGCAGAAACCUAGGUUUGCCGUUCAUCAUCCAACCUGGCAUAAUUGUCGUCCCUAUUCCCGUCCCCAUCGUUGCCCUUCCUGAAGGGUUACAACCUCAACGGUUCCAGGUUGAGAACCUAGGAGAGAACAUAUACAGGAUUGGAGACGCCGUGGACUUCCGUAGCCGUCUCUUCAGUUACCCUGAGGUAACUCCUGAGAGAUGGAUCAUCACCUUCAGGCCCAACCACGACGCGUACACGAUCGAGACCGAGAAUUCAGGUGCUGCAUGGGUUGCUCCCCCUCUUGGUCAAUUGGAUUGUCAGGUAAUGCCUUCUGGUUUGAAUUGCUUGGGCCUUGUGUUCUUUAUACGCAUCAUUCGUUCUAGAUCCUUGUCGAACAAGUGCCCGUUGGACUGUCUGACCCUCCAACCUACCCGUCGAAUGCAUUGUUCAGGUUUGAGCCAGUUGCCUAAAUAAUUUCUUCAUGCAACGAUGAAGUGAUACGUUGGCGUAUGUAGUGUGUUUCGUAUAUCAUGCAAACUGUGAUCCUUCGUGUGUACUUGUGUCGUGUAACCUUAAAUCAGUAUCGGUGGCUAUUUUUGGAUCCUGUUGAUCUAGAACUAUUAGUGAUGCGAAGUGGUGUUUCAGAAGUUGUUCGUUGUCAACCGAGCGGGCACUGGUACAUCGUCCG